AUGAGGCUCAAGACGCUCAACGGCGCUCCUUUAUGCGAACAUCUCGACUUCAGCGACACCAGUCUUCUCGGUGAGGACCAGUGUCGUAGUGUCCUGGCCGAACUCAAUCCUAAUGCAUCAUCUUUGGAAAGUACCUUGCCAUUGAAGUGGCGCUCUAUCACGAACCGAGCCACUCGCCUACGAACAGGAUGGUCUCAGCCGUAUCUGUCUGGCAGUAGCAGGCCUCAUGAUGGAGAAAGCAUAGCUCUAACAAUACCUAACCUUGUGGAAUCCCCACAUUGCAUUCAAAAUGAGCAAGCGAAUCUUGACGAGACCUUGACCCUCAUCGACCCGUCUUUUCAGACAGAUGACUUUGUUCAACACUCGUUGAUAUUUCACAAUGCACUUCUAUCAUCUCAAGUUCUGCAGGAUGCCGGAACCGGUAGUUUUGUAUCGCCCUCUUCAUUCCUAGACACGUCUUUCGCAUCAACCACAUCAUACUACGAGAGCCCGAGCAGAGUUGAUGAGCAUACACUACUCCUCCGAGUGCCUCCCCAGAUGACCAUAACACCACUUGGAUCACUCCCUACUGCACAGCAUCUCAAUGCCAUAUAUCCUCAGACUCCCACCCCCAACCUCGUGUGCGUCUUGACAGGGAGUCCUGUCCAGAGACAAAUCUUUGUCCAAAAAGGGGGAUACACGAGGAAUCUAUGGGAGAUCUUUGUAGCAGAUGAGACUCGAUCUGGAUUCAAGGUCAACUUCUGGAUCCAGCCACCUCGAAAGUCGAACCGUCACCAAGUACACGCCCAGGACGCGCUCUGUCGAGUUCUGGGUACCAUCAAAAUUGGCGACAUUUUGCUCCUGCGCAAUAUUGCCCUCAACUCUUACCGCGACACCGUCUACGGCCAAUCACUGAGUGCCGCUUUCACGCGAGCACGCAGCAGCAUCGACAUUUUGAUGAAGAGCAACGGAAUUGAAAUUGCACAUACGGGUGGUCUGCCGAGAUCCGCAGUAGAAGCAUUUGUGCGAGUGAGAAAAUGGGCUCGUACGCAUAUUGCUUCUGAGAUGAAUAUCGCCGGGAAACGAAAGCGCAGUGUGGAGCGUGCAAGCCAGCAUUCUAAGCGAGCUCAGUUGAGUCAAGAUCACGACGGCUGGUUACCUCCGGAUACCAUGGAAUCUGUCUGA